AUCGUACGGUACUUAAAGCAUAGGCAAUUGGACAAAUGGUACGUUGUGUUGAUGACGUUUACGAGUAGACCGUGACCUAAAAAUAGGCUAACGUAUUUAUUCUUUCAUCGUGAAAAUGGUAGCUAGAUUGGCGAUGGGUGGGACUAGUUUAAGGUCCAUUUUCCUGGUCCUAGCUGUAGUAGGAGGUAGCUUUGGAGUAACUAUAAUGAGCAUAGAUUUUGGAUCAGAGUGGAUGAAGAUUGCAGUGGUUGCUCCAGGAGUACCAAUGGAAAUUGCACUAAAUAAGGAAUCCAAAAGAAAGACUCCAGUUGCUGUUUCAUUUCGUGAUGGUGAACGUACCUUUGGUGAAGAUGCUUUGACUAGUGGUAUACGGUAUCCUCCUGGUAGUUUCAUAUACCUUUUAGAUCUUUUAGGCAAAAAGAUUGAUAAUCCCAUUGUUGAACUUUAUAAGAAGAGGUUUCCAUAUUUUAACAUUGAAGCUGAUCCAGACAGAAGAACUGUAGUCUUCAGAUAUGAUGAGAAAACUGGAUAUUCGGUUGAGGAGUUGGUAGCACAGCUGCUGUCAUAUGCAAAAGAAACAGCUGAAGAACACACUGAUCAGAAGCUUAAAGAUUGUGUCCUGAUUGUUCCUCCAUUUUUCAAUCAGGCUGAAAGAAGGUCCAUAUUAACUGCAGCUGAAUUAGCUGGCCUUAAGGUUUUGUCUCUCAUGUCCAGCAAUGCAGCUGUUGCCCUCAAUUACGGCAUGUUUAGAAGAAAAGAAAUAAAUAGUACUGCACAGAAUAUCUUAUUUUAUGACAUGGGAGCUUCAUCAACAACAGCUACAAUUGUGUCUUAUCAAACUGUCAAGACAAAGGAAAAAGGAUAUUCUGAAACUAACCCUCAAGUGUCUGUUUUGGGUCUUGGGUACGAUCGUACAUUAGGAGGCUUGGAAAUGCAGUUGAGGUUGAGAGAUUAUUUAGCAAGAAAAUUCACUGAAAUUAAAAGAACUCCUAAUAAUGUCUAUGACUCUCCAAAGGCCAUGGCAAAGCUCUUCAAAGAAGCUGGACGUCUAAAGAAGGUUCUUUCAGCUAACACAGAACAUCUUAGUCAGCUUGAUGACUGGAUUUAUGAUGAGGGAUUUGACGAAGAAGCAUUGGUAUACAAGGAUAAAUUGGCUUCACUGAAGCUUUUGUUUGAACCAAUAAAGGAGCGAGUACAAGAACACCAUGACCGGCCAGAAGCCAUCCAGGCAUUAUUAGACCAGAUUAAUGGAUCAUCUAUGUUCUUGCAAAGGGCCCGAGAGGCCCCUCAAGACCUUCAGCUCUUUACAGAAGUUGAAAUGACUACUGUGGAAAAUUUGAUAGUUGAUACACAGAAAUGGCUUGAAGAGAAGGAAGAAUUACAAGAAAAUACUCCUCUGAAUGAGACCCCAAAAUUGAUGAUAUCUGAAAUAGCUGAAAAGAUGGCCAACUUGGAUAGAGAGAUUAAAUACCUAGUUAACAAGGGCAAAAUUGUCAAGGCUAAAAAAGACCGUGAAGCUGCAGAAGCAAAAGCAAAAGCUGAAAAAGAAGCAAAAGAGGCAGAAAAGGAAAAAACAAAGAAAAAAAAUUCAUCUUAUGAAGCUGGAGAAAAGAGGAUCAUUCCAGAUGAGGAGAAUCAGGACACCAACCCAGAAAUGGAACUGCAAGACUCAGAGGAAGAUAUCAUGAGUGAGGAGCAUAAAGUUGGUGAAGGAACUGAGACUGGUAGCAAAGAGCAGUUGCCAGAGAUGUUCCAAGAAGAAAGUCAAGAAAAUAAUAGUGAAGAAGAUAGAAGGAAAGGAAGUUCACCUAUAUAUUCUAGUGAUGAAAAUAAAGAUGGAGACAACAGUACACCUCGCACUGAAUUGUGAGUUAAGCCAAAGAGUAACCACAAGUUUGAUUUUGGUAUUUGUAUAACUAAAAAUGUGUUUUUUUUAGCAGAAAGUGUGGAAUUGGAACAAUAAAUAUAACUUCAACAUUGUAAGACAAAAUGCAUACCCUGUACAUUUGAGUAAUUUAUUAUAUAUAUUUUUUUUAUGUCCAAGGGCACAAAAAAUUAAUGUAUAUUAGUAGUCUCUUGUGUGCUUUUAACCAUCAUCAAGAUUGUAUAACUUCACGAAAACUAAAUGUUUAGAAUUUUUUCUCAAUAUUGAGCCCCUGAACCCCUAUUACCUUUAUAUUGCACAUAAUGUAUAAACAGAAUAUUUGUGGUUAAUCAGUAUUGGUGAAUUAUAAAUUUACUUUUUAAAUAUGUGGACAAAUUCAUCAGAAGGAUUAUGUACUGGUUAUCAGAAUAGGAAAAGAAAUAUAUGUGAAUGUUGUAUGUUUUGAAUAUGUGCUUUAUACCAAAGGCCUUUAUUUCUUGAUGUAGGUAACAUUCCAUGAUGAAUUAUUGUAAGUUAUUUGUUAGUCUGAUCUGUAUAGUCAAAAUGUUAAACUUUGAAUUUAAAAAGCUGUCUGGAUUUGAUUCUUAAUUUUGUUGUCUGAGAUUUUUAUUUAUUUGCCCCUUUGGUAUUUCUAGAAUUGAAUUGAAAUUAAAUUUAGGCAGGACAGCACUGUAUAUUAUUUUUUUUUACACCAUAACUUGCUCUUGAAAUUCUAUUUAUCCAUCAAUUACCAGGCAGCCAUUUUUCUGUCCAUAUUGCACGAAAUCAUCAUUAUUAUUUUACUUGUGGUGUGGUGUAUCUUUUUGAAAUCCUUUAUUUUUAGCGUAUGGUAAUGGAAAUAGGUUUCUGUUUACUAGGCAUCAAUUAAAUGACUUCAUAAUCUUGAUGUCAUCUUUGAUUGUUGAAAUAGUUGGUAAAUGAAAACAAUAUUGGUAUCAAAGUCAUCAAACUUGAGAUUAAUACCCAAAUACCUAUAGAUCAGAAGGAUUUUGAUGAUUUAUUAUUGUGCUAAAUUCUUAGUUGAUAAAUAUUCUUAUAUGGUGGGUAACCAAGAUAUUUGCCAAUGAAACUGAAGGUUUAAGUUUUUGGUGGCAAAAUUGUUUGCCAGUGAGAUUGGAAGAGGAAUAUCUUCAAUUGUUUUUUUGUAAUACAGUCUCAUUUUGUGUCAUUCAGUUCUUUAUGCCUUCAGAAAAUUAUUUGCAAAAUUUGAGAUUGUAUUGUAUUCAUCGUUAGUGAUGAAUACUAAUUUUUGUAUUGAUAUUUGUAAAAUAUAGACCAUGAAUAAUACUGGAAAUAGUGGCAGUAAGGAGCAAUUUGAUUAAAGGCCUCAGUCAUAUUUAUAUUUACUUAUUCUGGCAAAUUCAGUAUAAAGAAACUGUUCCAUCUCAACAUUCAUGUGGAGGCCAAAAAUCAGUAUGGUGUAAUUUCAUAAUUCUUAAUUCAUAAUUUAUUUUGAUUUGUGUUGGGUUUUUAUAAAUCUGAAGUAAUGUGAGUUAAAAAGUUUGGGUUGUAUGCCCUUCAGGAAGAUUUGGUUGGCAAUACUGUCAUCUCCAAAGAACUUUGUAUGUUAUACGAUAAAGUUUAUUAUGUACCUUUAUCUAUCAUGUUUGAAUAGACUCAGAAAUGCCAAUUUUAUUCUUUUGAAAGGCGGGUAGUUAUUUAAUUAGGUAAGCAAGGCUCAUUGUAUGUUAUAAGUAGUAUUUAUUUGACUUCCUUAAUUAAUAUAAAAGUAUAAUAUGGCUGAAUUAUGAUUGCCAUGUCAAUGAUCAUCAUUUAAGAUGUAAAAAGUCCUGAUUUGUAUGGUAAUUUAAAGAGAGCAUGACAAAUAUUUGUGUCUGUCAAGUAUGGUGCCUUGCUUUAUUCUGUGUGACACUCAUGUUAAUAAAGAAAAAAGAAAG